AGCUCAAGACCCAUGGGGUCAAAACGUAUCCUUCUUUAUUAGGUUUUCUGCGUUUUUCAUGUGGCGAACGCUGGCUUUCAUUUGCUUGGCACCUGCGUCAGCCUCCCAAUGUUCGACCGCCAUUGAAGCGGACGGUGAGGAAACUGGCGUGCGCUUGUUGCAGCAUCAUGCUGCUGCAUUGCCAUCGGGUGCAUGUGGUGCCGGUCAAGGUCGACCUGCGCCGGGGGCUCCAUGCCUUCCGUGUGCGGAAGGUACUUGGAGCACUGACGGCACGUGCACAGCGUGCACUGCUGGCACUUGGAGUGGCCAAAGAGGUGCAGAGUCUCCAACAACAUGCGAAAAGUGCCCCAUGGGAACCUGGAGCAGCCAAGUUGGCGCCACUGCAUUGCAGGCAUGCAUACUUUGCCCACCAGGAACCUGGAGCAACGAAACUGGUUUGGGUGGAAUCAACUCCUGUAGCCCUUGCCCUGCUGGCACCUUCAGCUCCGCGGAAGGAGCCACCAGCCUGGAGACUUGCAAGGCCUGUUUGCCAGGGACGUGGAGUGGAGUGAUUGGUGCCAACGAAAAUUUGUGUGCAAACUGCACCGCUGGUCGCUUCAGCACGAAAUCUGGUGCUUCAGUCGUUGAGAGCUGUCAGCCUUGUCCUCGUGGAUUCUGGAGCAGCACCGAAGGAGCCAGUGAGAGCACCACCUGCAUCGCGUGUCCAGCGGGAACGGUGGGCGAGAACGAGGGCUCCACGAGUUCUGACAAUUGUGCAGCCUGUCUGCCUGGAAGGUGGAGUGAUCAGGCUGGUUUGGGCUGGAUUGACAACUGCACCAAGUGUCCUGUCGGGACCUACAGCAACAUCUCCGGUGCCACAGAGUCCUCCACCUGCCUUCCAUGCCCGGCCGGCAGCUAUCAGCCCAUUGAGGCAGCAGCCGAGCUGGCACUGUGCAUUCCCUGUGCUGUGGGGAACUUCUCGAACCAGCCGGGGGUCUCCAGCUGCAAGCGUUGCCCAAAAGGCACCUUUGGUGAUGGGUUUUCCUACACCGCUUGCAAUGCAUGCCCGGAGGGCACUUGGACAAGUGACGAAGGAUCCAUUCGAAGCGAUCAAUGCAGCAGCAGCAUCGCGCCACCCAGCACCACAACAGUCACAACAACAGUCACCACUACAGUCACCACACGGACCAUCACACAGACUUUCACCACGAGAAUGAGUACCAAGACUGUCACUUCCACAGUGACCACCAGUGUUACCACUUCCACUAGCCAAAGCAUCUCCAGUGAGGCUAGUGCUUCCGCCACGAACUCGGUGAACUCCCCCAGCAACUCCACCGGUGGAGCUUCCACGAACGCCAGCGGAGUUGCCGGCGUGAGCAGUUCGGAGGGAAGUGAAGCCGAGGCCGGAGAAAGCUCGAGCAAGCCUUGCGCCAAGGUCUUCGAUCAGUGUGGCGGGGGAGGAGCAAUCAGCCGCUGCUGUGAGCGCGGCUCCUCUUGCGAUGACUCGCGCAUGGAAUAUUGGCAAUGCCUUCCAGCCAAGACCUCCAUGGACUGUGCUGGUCUGGGAGAGCGUUGCGGUGGCAAAGGCUUCUAUGGACCCACCGAGUGCUGCUUGAAGUCCAAAAGUUGUGUGGCAAAGAGCAAGUACUAUUCCAUUUGCGAGUGAUGUGGCCUUGCAGAAGUCCACACAAUUCUUCAACCCCUGCUAGCAUACUGGUUUGGUGAGCGGCUCAAUGAUGGCCUGGAGCAAGUCAGCCAAGCAGGUAGACCGCCAAUGCAUAAACGCGUUGGAUUCUUCGUACCGCCGGAACCUCACAAAUUCCAUGAGCCAUGUGAGAAGAUGAAACUUGUUGAGGAG